AUGGCUCGAAAUCCCCGUUCUACUGCCCGGAGAUCGUCCGGGGUCACCGUUGCCUCUUCACCUUCCUUUGUUCCAUCCCUUCCCUCCACCGGUCGUGGCCGCGGCCGUGGUCGUGGCCGUGCUGCUCGCGCUACUCGUGCUACCCGCCCUGCCCGAGGAGGUCGGCCAUCCACCUCUACCAAAAAGUCAUCCUCACCAAAUUCCACCUCGUUUACCUCCUCUGUUGAUCCGGCUACUCCGAUUUCUGCCUCUGCGUCAGCAGAAGCUGCCGUUGCUCCCACUCCCGGUGACGAUACUCCCACUUCGGUGGCUUCUUCUCUUCCUCCUUUGCCUUCUCUCGCCACCGAAACUGCUCCUCCUGUCACCCCUCCUAAAACAGCCGAUGCCGCUUCCGUCUCGUCCUCUUCUUCACUCUCUUCUCUAUCAUCCCUUUUAGCUGGGCAAUAUCAAAGGCUUCAUCGUGCCCCUCCCAAGAUCCCCCGAAGCAUUAGUUCGGCGUUAAAACGGCCCAACAACCGUACAUCUGGCACACGAGUCUCAAAAUCAGUACGUUUUAUUAGCAAGGCCACAGCGGAGUUUUCUCCGGCCAAAUUCAGUGAGCACAACAACAGUCCAGAGAUUGAACACCGCUCCAAGCCCGACGGAUAUCGCUACAGAGAGAUACAAAGUGCUACCGGGUACCAGCAGGAAGGAACAAGACGCCUUGUAUUUAACUACGAGUCGGAGGUCACCGGAAACCAGGGAGCCCUACACCAUCAGGCACUCUUCAAAGUCGGUCUCGGUGGAGGCCGUGUCAAGCCGGGGAAAGGAACGUUGCCAAAGAGGACCCAGGUCGUCCUGUACAUGAAGGAGGACUUGAACUUGCAGGGCAUUCCUCAAAGCUUGGGGAUGGUCUUCCACAAGAUUGCAGCAGAAAAAUUUAUGCCUGUCAUCACAGUCGAGGGAGAUUCCACUGCUAUCAGCGCCCCGAUUCCUUCUGCGGGCAAGAGAUUCGAUCCGGAGGACCCGGAUGCGUAG